AUAAUUCAAACUUGUAUCUCUCUCUUUAGUCUUUAGUCUUUACUCUCUCUAUCUCUAUCUCUAUCUCUAUCUCGAUCACUUAUUUCUGGUUUCUCUCUCCUCCGAAAACAGGGGAAGUGAUUAAAACAAAAUGGCUCUCCCUGGAAAAAAUAUUGGUAUAAAUAAAAAUAAUAAUAAUAAUAAGGAUACAACAAGUAUGGAUAUGGAAAUGGGUAAAGAGUUGGUUUGUGAUGCAUGGGAUUACAAAGGUCGUUCUGCUGAUAGACCCAACUCUGGUGGCUGGAAGGCUGCUGCCAUGAUCUUAGGAGGUGAGGCAUGUGAAAGAUUAACAACACUUGGGAUAGCGGUUAAUUUGGUGACAUAUUUGACGGGAGUGAUGCAUUUAGGAAAUGCUGCUUCGGCUAAUACUGUCACUAAUUUCAUGGGCACUUCUUUUAUGCUCUGCCUACUUGGUGGUUUCAUUGCUGACACUUUCCUUGGACGGUAUCUAACCAUUGCUAUUUUCGCCACCGUCCAAGCAUUGGGUGUGACAGUAUUGACCAUAUCAACAAUAAUACCGAGGCUGAGGCCAGAACCAUGCAAAGAAGGUUCGGACACAUGUGGUCAAGCAACAGACGCGCAGCUUGGUGUAUUGUACCUAGCACUAUACCUGACAGCAUUAGGGACGGGUGGUGUUAAGGCAAGUGUGUCAGGGUUUGGAACAGAUCAAUUUGAUGAGACGAAUAAAGGAGAAAAGUUACAAAUGAUAAAGUUUUUCAAUUGGUUCUUUUUCUUUAUAAGUUUGGGGUCAUUAGCAGCAGUGACAGUGUUAGUAUAUAUCCAAGACAAUAUGGGAAGACAAUGGGGUUAUGGGAUAUGUGCUUGUUGUAUUAUGUUGGCUUUAGUAGUGUUUCUUUGUGGCACUAGAAGAUAUCGAUUCAAAAAGCUUGUUGGUAGUCCCUUGACUCAAAUUGCCGCUGUUUUUGUCGCUGCUUGGAGGAAAAGGCAUAUGGAAUUGCCCUCUGAUUCAUCCCUCCUUUUCAAUAUUCAUGAUUUUGCUGAUGGUGGUAAACAUAACAAGCAAAUGCUUCCUCAUAGCAAACAAUUCAGGUUUUUGGACAAAGCAGCAAUUAAAGAUCCUGCAAUGCCAACAGUAGUUACAAAGGUGAACAAAUGGUACUUACCAACUUCAACUGAUGUGGAAGAAGUGAAAUUGGUGCUUAAGAUGUUACCCAUCUGGGCAACCACCAUAAUUUUCUGGACAAUAUAUGCUCAAAUGAGUACUUUCUCGGUGUCACAAGCCACAACCAUGGACCGUCAUAUGGGAAAAUCAUUCGAAAUACCAGCAGCAUCACUUACAGUAUUCUUUGUAGGUAGCAUCCUCUUGACCGUGCCAGUAUAUGAUCGUGUGGUCGUACCAAUAGCCUCGAGACUCCUUCAUAACCCACAAGGACUUACUCCACUUCAAAGGAUCGGAGUUGGUUUAGUGUUCUCAAUCAUCUCCAUGAUUUCUGCUGCUCUUGUUGAAAUCAAACGUUUGAACACUGCACAAAAUGCAGGCUUGGUAAACAAGCCUUACCAGGUUGUACCAUUAAGCGUAUUUUGGCUUAUACCACAGUUUUUCUUCGUGGGAGCUGGUGAAGCUUUCACUUAUAUAGGGCAACUCGACUUUUUCUUAAGGGAGUGCCCUAAAGGAAUGAAGACGAUGAGUACAGGGCUAUUUUUGACAACAUUAUCACUUGGUUUUUUUGUAAGUUCGGCCCUAGUUACGGUAGUACACAACAUAACUGGUGACACACACCCUUGGAUAGCUGAUAAUUUGAACCAAGGAAGGCUCGACUACUUUUACUGGUUGCUAGUCGGCUUGAGUGUGGUUAAUUUCUUUGUGUAUUUGGUAUUUGCAAGGUGGUACAAAUACAAGGAGAAAUGGCUAGCCGAAGAGGGUUACACGGUGGAACAAGAAGAUGCUCCAGCUGCUUGUCACUAAUAUCACAUAUAUCAUAUAUCAUAUAUCAUAUAUCAUAUAUCAUUACAAAUUAAUUACUAGCUAAUUAAUGUCAUGCCUUGAAAAGGGUGGCAUAAGUUAUUAGCAGCACAUAUUUUUUGCGCGCUUUUUUUCUCUUUUUUCUUUUUUCUUUUUUCUUUUUUCUUUUUCCUUUUUUCUUUUUUCUUUUUUCUUUUUUCUUUUUUCUUUUUUUGGGGUUAAGGAUUUUCAAUUUUUAGCGGUGUGCGGUUGCUUACUUGCUUAUUGUAAUGUAAAAUCAUAAGUUUGCUUUUGUAGAAAAACGGUGGCCAUGCAACAAAAAAGGCGCACCCAAAAGUAAUGGGUAGAUAAUAUGUAUUUCGUCAAAGUGGAAUGGGAUGGUUAAGUCAAUAGUCAUGUAAAAGUAAGGCCCUUUGUUGUAAUCAGCAGUGAACUCGUUCUAUUUCGUAGACUUUCUACUUUUAGGGAAUACGACAAGUCACAAGCUCUAUGCCAAAUGAGGCUGCACGACUAUGUAUCACAUUCGUGUAAAAGUAACACGGUUUAAUAAA